CUAACGGCGAGCUUCCGUCAAUACUCGUUCCCUUUUCUGGUUCUGGGAGCACCGGGAGCCAGGGAGGAAGCGUUGUCUGCAAGGAUUGGGGCAAACACUCUGGUGCUGGGGAAGGCGGGACUUCCGCGUCUCACAGGAAGUGACGCGACAAUCGCGGCCGCAGACAGGUGAAACCGCAGGUGGGUUCAGGUGCCAGGCUGGCCUGGACCCGGCUGUGGGACCGACGCUUCCGGUGAGCGACAGAGGUAGCUCCCAAGGGCCUGGAGACCCGUGGGGGCGGGCUCUGGGGUCUGAGCCCACCGUGCUGGCCUGGAAUUACCCGUGUACCUAUUCCCCAUUCCCCUGCCGAGCUGGACAGUUAGCCAGCCCGCCUCAACUCUCGGAACCAUGUUUGCGGACUUGGAUUAUGACAUCGAGGAGGAUAAACUCGGAAUCCCUACUGUGCCCGGGAAGGUGACCCUGCAGAAGGAUGCUCAGAACCUGAUCGGGAUCAGCAUCGGAGGAGGGGCCCAGUACUGCCCCUGCCUCUAUAUCGUCCAGGUGUUUGACAACACCCCAGCGGCCCUGGACGGCACCGUGGCAGCUGGUGACGAGAUCACCGGUGUCAAUGGCCGGUCGAUCAAAGGCAAAACUAAGGUGGAGGUGGCAAAGAUGAUUCAGGAGGUGAAGGGAGAGGUGACUAUCCACUACAACAAGCUGCAGGCGGACCCCAAGCAGGGCAUGUCCCUGGACAUUGUGUUGAAGAAAGUAAAGCAUCGGCUGGUAGAGAACAUGAGUUCGGGGACCGCAGACGCCCUGGGCCUGAGCCGGGCCAUCCUGUGCAAUGACGGGCUUGUGAAGAGGCUGGAGGAACUGGAGCGGACCGCCGAGCUGUACAGAGGAAUGACAGAACACACCAAGAACCUCCUCCGGGCCUUUUAUGAGCUGUCACAGACACACCGGGCCUUUGGGGACGUGUUCUCCGUCAUCGGGGUGCGGGAGCCCCAGCCAGGCGCGAGCGAGGCUUUCGUGAAGUUUGCCGACGCCCACCGCAGCAUCGAGAAGUUCGGCAUCCGGCUGCUGAAAACCAUCAAGCCGAUGCUGACAGACCUGAACACGUACCUCAACAAAGCCAUCCCAGACACUCGCCUCACCAUCAAGAAGUACCUGGAUGUGAAGUUCGAGUACCUGUCCUACUGCCUGAAGGUGAAGGAGAUGGAUGACGAGGAGUACAGCUGCAUCGCCCUGGGGGAGCCCCUGUACCGUGUGAGCACAGGCAACUACGAGUAUCGCCUGAUCCUGCGCUGUCGCCAGGAGGCCCGCGCCCGUUUCUCCCAGAUGCGCAAAGACGUGCUGGAGAAGAUUGAGUUGCUGGACCAGAAGCAUGUCCAGGACAUCGUGUUCCAGCUGCAGCGCUUCGUGUCCACCAUGUCCAAGUACUACAACGACUGCUACGCGGUGCUGCGUGACGCCGACGUCUUCCCCAUCGAGGUGGACCUGGCCCACACCACGCUGGCCUAUGGCCUCGGCCAGGACGGGUUCACCGACGCCGAGGACGAGGAGGACGAAGAUGACGACGACACGGCAGCCGGGGAGCCGCCCAGGGUUGCGCAAGGGGCUGCUGGGCCCCUGGACAGGGGUGGGAGCUGGUGUGACUCCUGAGUGCGCCCCCCCGCCGUGGGGUGCGGAUGGGGGGUGUGGGCGGGAGGACAGAGGGUGGAAGCCGGGGCGGUGCCGCCGCACCACAGGGUGGCGCAUAAAGGCCGGCUGGCUUGGGGCGCUGCCUCCCCGCUCCUCUGUGCUGGCUCAGCGAACCGGGCUCCAGCCCAGGAAAGUGCCCAGGGCCUGUGGCCUGACCUGGACACUGGUCCCCCCCCCGCUCCCCAGCCAGUUGGGGAGCUUGGCCCCUGGAACUGCCUUAGGGAGGAGAGAGGGGGCGCAGAGAGGAGGGCUUGGAGGUGGCCCCAAGUCCCGGAGCCGCUGCCCGUGGGCACCAGCACCGGCCCCACCUGGAGCCUGCCAGCGUGGGGGGCCGGGGGCGCACAGCCGAGGCUGGGGCCAGUGGCCGCGGACCCCCUCACCUCGCCCCAGGCCGGCCCAGCCCCUCCCACACUCACACCUCUGCGGCCUUUAUUUAUUCAUGUCCCCCAGCUCAGCCGCGUCCCCAGGGGAGGGCCGGGCGCUGGGCCUGUACCGAAUAAACACAGACCCAGA